CGCACAAGCAGCUCUCAUUCUGCAACCUACGCACGGCACAUUGCACAAUUUUUGGCACUUUCUCGCAUCACAGGAAAUUUGCCGACUUCUGUCGCAACUAGCGACAAUGGCUGCCGCGUGCUCCUCGUGCGCUAUUCAAGCGGCGAGCAGAUGCUUAGUGGAGCGAGCUUCGCAGGCGACGGCCGCUAGGGCUUCCAAGGCCCAGCCCGCAUUCCUCGGGCAAGCCCUUGGCAUCAACACCCAUGCGACGCCCGGCAGCCAGAAGGUGGCCUCCACGGGAAUCCAGCUCGUGGCGGCAGCAGCGGCGAGGGGCGUCAGGUGCGCCGCAGCAGCAGUAGAAGCUGCCGCCGCGCCCCCAGCGGGCCGCCCGUCGGCGGCGGAGUUGGCGCAGACGGUGGUGGAGCUGGCGGCGGAGGGCACGCUCGUCACGCUCGCGCACGGCGGCACGGGCAGCACCCUCACCGGCGACGAUCAACCGCUGCCCGCCACGUGGCCGCUGGCGUGCCACGCGUUCUUCGCGCCCGACCCCGAGGGGCGCCCCAUCGUGCUGCUCGCCGACUCCAGCCGCGCCGCCGCCACCCUCGCCGCCGACGCGGAGGCGUGCCUACACGUGCAGAUCGAGCUGCCGGGGCAGCAGAAGCCGCAGGUGUCGCUGCACGGGCGACUCACGAAGGCGCACGAUGGCAAGACGCUCGCCAAGCUGGAGGCGGCGUGGCGGCGGCGCUUCCCCGACAGCGAGGAGGAGGUGGGCGGCAGCGAUGGCAGCGCGUUCUCCGCGCUCUUCCUGCUGGACGUUGACCGCGUGCUCGUGGCGCCUGAUGCCGACCAGGAGGGCGAGUGGAUCUCCCCCGAGGCGUACCUGAAUGCGGACGCGGACCCCCUACGUGAAGUAGCAGCGGGCAUUGUGGCGGACUUCAACCGCGAGCACUGGCAGGACCUGCGCCGCUUCCCCGCCGCCUUCGCCGCGCUGCCCGACCUGCAGGUGGACGACGCGUCGCUCAUCUGGAUCGACCGCCUGGGCUUCGACCUCCGCGUGCUCGCGCGCCCCGCCAUGCCUGGGUCCGCGGCGGCGGCAGACUUCCCUGCAAGGGUGAUGGACGUGCGCGUGCCGUUCGCCGGGGAGGUGAGCGAGGAGCGCGAGGCGCGGUCAGCGCUGACGAUGAUGGCGCAGGUGGCGUGGGAGAAGGAGCGGAGCUUUGCCACCCCCAUCGUGCCCGCUGCUGCUGCUGAGGCGUCAUGAAGCAAAGAGUGGCCAAACGGAGCCCGUUGUUUAGAGUAGCAAUAAAUCUGAUGGAAUGGCUUGAUGAUUGCAGUAUGCUUGUGGGAACUACAACUACAAUUGGUGCUACUGGCAUACAAGACAUGGCAGCUCGUAGUUAUCAACCACCCUUCAUGGAAUGGAAAUGAUCCUUUAUUCUUUAGCUGCUGAUGUAACUUUGACUCGCUG